AUCCUUUUCCCUUUGAUAAAAGCCCCAGCGUUUUCCUUUUUAAAAUAGUAGUUCAAAGAAGAAAGUAAAUGAGCACGUCAGUGUGCAUGCGGGCUCCACUUGUUUCCUCCCCUCUGGAGGACCCGAAGGCCGAAGCAUCAUGAUUUCCCUCGUUUCUGCCAAUGCUCGAUACCGCCGAUGUUCGUAUCACCACACUAUCGGACACUACUCCGCCACUCCGCAACACCCAAUAACGUAAAAAAGAGUAAAGAGGGACUCUCUCUCUCUCUCUCAGGGAUUGGGCUUUGAACAUUUUGUGUUGUUUCACAUGUAGAUGUAUUUGGGAACUAAUUUGUGCCCUUAGUUAUAGAAGGAUUCGGAGACAUAUUUCCAUUCUAAGAUUUAUUUUUGUAUUCCGAAGGAAACUCUUCGAUAUAAGACAUAAUGGGGAGACCUCCACACAGCGGAGGCACAGCUUUUCGCUUUACUGCGAAUGAGUGAUAAUCAUGUGUGAUGUAUUCGGUUUACUGGUCUGUGUGAUUAGAGGGUUUGAUCGUGUUCUUGAAGUCUAAGUUUGAGAUUUUUGAGGUGGUGGAGAUGGAAGCUUGUCUGCAAGAAAUCAAUAAUGCAAUACCAGGUCGUGAAGUACUUUGUUCUCUUGCUGAGAAGUUCAGUGCGUCUGCUGAGAGAACUGGGAAGAUUGUUGUGCAACCAAAGCAGGUUUGGAAUUGGUUCCAAAACCGAAGGUAUGCACAAAGAGCAAAAUUGAUUAAGUCUCCUGGGAAGCUGAGUAUUUCACCUAUGCCUCGAGAUGAUUCGGGUCAACUGAGAAAUGUUACUCAAUCUUUACCUGUCCCAUCAGCAAGGAGUGCUUUCGAUAAUAGUUCUCAGAUGGAAUUUGAAGCCAAAUCAGCAAGGGAUGGAGCAUGGUAUGAUGUUGCAAACUUUAUUUCUCAUAGAAUGUUUGAGACAGGCGAUCCGGAAGUUCGGGUUCGGUUUGCGGGAUUUGGAGCAGAAGAGGAUGAAUGGGUCAAUGUGCGCAGGCAUGUGAGACAGCGAUCUCUUCCAUGUGAAGCAUCAGAAUGCGUUGCAGUACUUGCUGGAGAUCUCAUACUGUGUUUUCAGGAAGGUAAAGAGCAGGCUCUUUACUUUGAUGCCCAUGUUCUUGACGCACAACGACGGAGGCAUGAUGUUAGAGGAUGUCGUUGUCGGUUCCUAGUUCGUUAUGACCAUGAUCAGUCUGAGGAAAUUGUUCCCCUUAGGAAGGUGUGCCGUCGGCCUGAAACUGAUUACCGGCUGCAACAACUGCAUGCUUUGAAGGAGCUUUCCUCGGCAGAACAGAGAAAUACGGGCAAAGAUUCUUCCCUAGUCAGUACAUCAAGGGAUGUUAAUUCGGCGUCUCAAAGGGCGAAAAAGCAGCGAAAAGUUGAUGAGAAUACAGAUGAGGUUAUUACAGUGAGUCCCUCACCUAUGGUUAAUGCGGAUGAGGUUGUGGCAGUGAGUCCCGCACCUAUGAUCAAGGAACCUGUUACCAUAACUGUGAGUGCAGAAACUACAUCAACCGAAACGGGGAAGACUGAAAUUGCUAGUGACAAUAAUACAGUGACUCCUGAUGCACCAAAGGCUGAUGCUGCAGUCUCCAGCACCAGCACCGGCAAUGGAUCUGGCCCUGUUGAGAAUAUGCAAGAAGGAAGAUGACAUGUAUUUUUUUUUUACGUUUUAGAUGUAACAUGAUAGAUGAAUUGGAUCUUCAUAUAUGCUCAACUCCUUCUAUAUUGUCUUGUUUUUCUUUUUAUCUUCGGAUAUGUAUUAUUUCAUGUUUGUACUUGAUGGAAAGUGGUAUGUGUCUUAAA